AUGAAUAUUGUAUACAGUGGAGAUGUUCUGCCACGGAGAGGUUUCUUCAAGUCCUGGGAACGAACGAGACAUUCCAGAGAAGUUCAUUGGUUCGUCGAAUGCUUCGCAGAGGCUUUGGGGGUGUUUCUCUAUACCUGGGCUGGCGUUGGCGCAACGGCAGCAUUUGUUGUGGGGAAUAUCCUGGGGCUUGAGAAUGUCGGCUCGGUGUUGGGUAUCGGCUUUGCGGGAUUCCCCCCACUCAAGGCCGCGAGAUACAUCGUGUUCCAGAUCUUCGGGGGUUACAUCGCAUGUCUGCUAGUAUACGCGCAAUGGAGAGAUAUGAUCCUGGCAGCGGAGGCAGCGCUCACUGCGGCAGGUAGGUUGGAGGAGGUGCAAUUUACCGCCAUGGGUACCGGAGGGAUCUUGGCCCUGUACGCACCUCCUGGGGCACAUUUGGGGUUGACUUUCGUUAAUGAGUUCGUAACGGAUUUCGUCCUUGCUUUGGCGAUAUGGGCGUGCCUUGACCCGACGAAUGCCCUGGUACCUCCACAAGCAGCUCCAUGGGUCAUUAGCUUUGCAUACGCGAUGGCUAUUUGGGGAUUCGCCACACCAGGACUCGCCGCAAAUGCUGCCAGGGAUCUGGGUGGGAGAUUCGCUGCAAUGUCGCUUUACGGCACAAAAGCGAGCGGUGGAGCGUACGCAGCUAUUGCUGCCCUGACGAGCAUACCAGCAACUUUGCUCGCGGCGUUCACCUACGAGACAGCGAACGGGGAUAAGGAGAAGAACGACAAAUCACCGAAGAAGUUGGGCGUUUCUGGUUGGGUAGGAUGGGGCAAGAAGACCAAGGACUUCUCGACUCUGGACGGCGAUGAGAUGACCGAACGGGAGGCCGGCGACAACGAUAAGCAGGUUCACCACAAGGCCAGCAGUUCGUCGUUUUCCAGACGUUUCAAGGACAGCCUUUCCACUACGUCGCCCAAAGUCCCUCCGCGCGUCCUGAAGACCCCAUCUCAACAUGAUCUGAAGACGGUCAGGGCCUUGUACGACUUCAAUGGGUCCUCUGAUGAACUAUCCUUCAAAGUCGGUGACGAGAUUGUGGUCGUUAACGAAGUCCUAGAAGAAUGGUGGAUGGGAGAACUCGGCGGCAGAAAGGGUCUAUUUCCGACAUCCUACACUACAGUCGUGCCUGCGACGCAAUCACGGAAACCAUCACCUCCACUGCGCAAUCCUUUGCAAAAGAGUCCCAAGACGAAGCGACUCUCGAUUUCCUCUGAGGAAGGGGCAGUCCAAAGGCCCUUGAUUCAUGAUGCUUCCGAAGCGAGUGAAUUAGAAGACGAAGAGCACAUACUCAGUGGACGUCUCGUAUCUAGCGCUAGCCCCUUCUAUCUUCCUGGUGCAAACAAUGAUAGCAGUGGCACGGAGGACGAUGACCUGAAUGAUCGUGUGGCCAAGUGGAAGCACGACGUUAACGGAGGCUCUAAUGACUCUCUAUCUCAUGCGAAGGCAACGGUUGAGACGACAUCUUCUCCUUUCCAUCCCCAGCCACCCCUGCUUCGACGAGCUGAUACCUCUUCUGGCAUAAAGAAGACCCCGCCACCACCUCCGCCACCGCGCAGGCACUCCACGAACUUACUCACCAGUCCGCCGUUGCCUCCGCGUAAGCCUGCUAGCACGUCCAGUUCGUCUAUGUUAGACGUCACUCCAAACGCGUCAAAUAACAAUGUCGGCUAUGAUGUCUCGCCAUUCGAGAGCACAAGCGAACUCGCUGGAUGUAGCCAGUUCCGUCAGAACCCUUUCAAACCCAAGGGUACAUGUAGUAACUGUUUCCAGUUUCAUCACGAUUUCUAG